UCGCAGCGCGGUGGUCAGCUUUGCCCUCCGGCGGCGCCUGUGUGGUCUCAGUGCCGGAGCUGGCGGUCUAACCAAUUCCAGCUUGGCUCGGGCACCGCGAGGCAGGCUGCGGGCUGGGGCGGGCUCCAGCCACCGGGUCGCUGGGGGUCUUGGGACCCGAGGCACCGCAGGAGGACCCCUGGCCCUCUGGCUAGACUACACCCAGGGCUUGCUGUGGGGGUUGCCACAAUGCUCCCGGCAACAGAGCGCUGCCCCGCCCACCUCCGUGUUCUCCAGACCCCGGAACCCGCCAGCCUCCCGCGGCCCCGGAGGCGAUGAGGGAGGAAUGCUGCCAGCCCUCUUCCUCGGUGUGCCCCGCUGUUCCUGACCGGUGGCUCUGACUCUUCUCUCCUUCCACACCAGGUUGGGGGUGGGGGGAGAGGGGAGAAGCUCGGCCUGUUCUGCCUGCCACAGAGUGGAUGAACACCUUGGACUUCUGGUUUGCAGGAUGUAGUCGCCAAGGUGACUCCUGGCUAUAAAAGGAAUGUAGCAUUUGGCCAAUCCAGCUGCCCGGUCCAGGCCUCUCCAGGAGCACAAGGCUUGGCCAUGAAGAAGCACCCAGGAGUGGUGUGAAGCUUCCUUCCUAGGCACCAAACUCUGGAGAGUUUGUGAUGCACUUCUCAAUCAGUAAACCUCUGGGACUGUGCCUGCAGCCUGGGACCAAGGGCUCAGGCAGUUCGUGGGUCUUCGCUGUGAGAUAUCCUGUGAAGACCUCUCUCCACAGAGAUGGGACUGGGAAGGAUGGGUUAAGAGUACCAUUGCUCAGGUCUAGGGACAGAGCUGGUGGCCCCACCAGACCACGGGAUCUUUGGACAAACUGAGACUCACUCCGUACUGGAAAGGCCUCAGCUGCAACUUAAAGCUAGUAGAAGCAAGCCUGGCCCAGGUAAGCAGCGAAAAACGGGAGUGCAAGGCUAAUCAAGACCAAGAAGUGUCCCAAGGGACACUUGGGCAAAGGCACCCUAUGGCUGUUGUCCCCAGCUCCUGACACUGGGCCUGGAAACUUGCAGAGGUUUCACCUUCAGCUCAACGUGCCUUGGCUCUGCCUGGCAGGCUUGUCCUUCGCCCUCGAAUAUUGCGGGUGUUAUCAUAAUACCCUGAAGGGGGGGAAAACGGGUCGGGGGGAUGUAGGCGGUGCUGAAAUGACCGGCUUUGAAGAACCUGCAGGCAAAGUUUCGUCCAAUCGUCUGAGCCUGUCCUCUUAUUCCCGGUUGUAACUAAAUACUGCUGCGAGCACAGCCGAAGCCCUUUGUUGGAGAUGUGUGAGCGCAGUCUCUACAGAGCGGGCUAUGUGGGCUCGCUUCUGAAUCUACAGUCGCCUGACUCCUUCUACUUCUCCAACCUGCGGCCGAAUGGAGGCCAGUUGGCCGCACUUCCCCCCAUCUCAUACCCUCGCGGCGCGCUGCCCUGGGCCACCACGCCCGCCUCCUGCGCCCCAGCGCAGCCUGCCGGUGCCACCGCCUUCGGCAGCUUCUCGCAACCCUACCUGGCUGGCUCCGGGCCUCUUGGCCUGCAGCCCUUGGGCGCCAAGGACAGACCCGAAGAGCAGGCCAAGUUUUAUACGCCCGACGUGGCCGCCGGGCCUGAGGAGCGUGGCCGUUCGCGGCCGCCCUUUGCCCCCGAGUCUAGCCUGGUCCCCGCGGCCGCUGGUCUCAAAUCGACCAAGUACGACUACGCGGGUGUGGGCCGUGCCGCGCCAGGCUCUGCGGCCCUGCUUGAGGGGACCCCCUGCGCCGCCGGCUUCAAGGACGACGCCAAGGGCCCGCUCAACUUGAACAUGACAGUGCAGGCAGCGGGCGUCGCUUCUUGCCUGCGACCUUCGCUGCCCGACGGCCUGCCGUGGGGGGCGGCCCCCGGGAGGGCCCGCAAGAAGCGGAAACCCUACACGAAGCAGCAGAUUGCGGAGCUGGAGAAUGAAUUCCUCCUCAACGAAUUCAUCAACCGGCAGAAACGCAAGGAAUUGUCCAACAGGCUGAACCUCAGCGACCAGCAGGUCAAAAUCUGGUUCCAGAACCGUCGUAUGAAGAAGAAGCGCGUGGUGCUGCGCGAGCAGGCGCUGGCGCUAUACUGAUCCCUGGCCUGGCCGAGGCCGGUUCUGCUUCUUUGAGCCCAAGUCUGGCGUAGAGGAAGAUCUGGGACUGGGGCUUUCCCUUCUACUCCUCAGCUGAUCCUAGGUACCCUCCUGCUCUGACUGCGGCCCCAAAAGCCAGUAGGAGAUUUGGAGACCUGGCCAGUAAUGCCUUUAGGUUUCCCUUUUUCCGGAAGGGGCUGUGGAAGUUGCAGCACAACCUUGGCGUGGAGGGUUCUCCACUGGGGUCGUGGGGUCACCUGUCUUUGCUUUUGGCUAAAGCGUUUACACCUGGUCUCACUCCAGUUCCCUUUUACUAAGAUUUCCGCUUUUGCCUAGUCUCCCUUUUUCCUUCUCCCCAUUCUUUCUGCAUUUAGCAGACACCUAACUAGAACUCAGAGUGGAACUGAAUUUAGAAAGGGCUCCAGGGUGAAGUGGAAAAGGGCUGUGGGCACAAUCGUGUCUCUUUGCAGCCAACGCCCCUUAUGGCAAAGCCAGAAUCAUGAUGCUGGAGAAAGGAAAGUGUGCCAUCACCACCACCCUCUGUCUGCCCUGGCUGGUUUGAGAGGACAAAAGCCACCCUAGACCUUCUGAUCUUGGGAGGAAAGGGGAGGGAGUGUGGCCAUACAAACUCGGAGACAACUCAGAGUUCAAGGUGGACUGGCUCCUCCAGCUGGGCGAAAUGGACUGGAUGCUUCCUUCCCAGGAAUGGGCAAGGGAGGCUGGGGUUCCAUGGCAAACUGCACUUCCCAGCCAAGACUGGUAAAACCCCUACUUCUCUCACCUCUUCCCACAUGCCUCAGCCAGAGCCCUGUGCUGGGUAACUGGACUCCAGAGCUGAGCUCUGAUGAGAAGCUGCUAGUCUGCUUUCAGGCUGGGCUGCAGUAGAAAAGAGGAAAAUGUCAAGGGGCAGGAGAAGGGAGUGAGCAAGGGGGGCCCUAUAUUCUGACUGUAAAUAUGGCUUUCCUGUCAAGGUGGGUAAAGGUGUCAACAUGUCUUUCUUUCUUGAAUUCUAGUAAUGAGCCACCGCAGGGAGAAGUGAAAUCUCCACCAGGCAGUGCGUGGGCAAGAAAGGAAGCCCCUCAGAUCCUCAGCCCCUCUUAGCUGCUCUUGACCAAGUAGAGAGGAGCGGAAGUUCCCCUCUUCUUCUCCAUCACCUGCCAACUCCACCAGGGGCUCAACCACUGUACCCUUUUUGAGGCCAUUUCUGGCCUGCCCUUGCGGAGCAUGCAAGGUGGUGGGCCCUGCUAGGCUUGCUUUGUGGAGAUUGGGGUUCCAGGAUGCCAGAUGGAGUUGUCCUAGGUGUGCUGGGGUAUCCUGCCUUAACUUCAGUGAACCCAAGUCCCUCCCCCCCUCAAAUUCCUACUAUCCUUGCUUCUUUUCCAUCUCCUGAGAAGUAGCGCCCCCAACUCCUAGCAAUAUGAACAACAGCCAAAGGGUACAAGAUUCCUUCCCAAAGUCCAAUGAUUUAUUUUCAGUGGAGGACCAGGCCCUGGAUCUAAAGUGGGUACCUCACAAGGACUUCCUGAGCCUCAGCCCAACUGACCUUAGUUGAUGUUUAGACUAAUUGCAUUUUCUCUGCUACCUAAUAGUUGUUGUGCAUGUUUUGUUUUAUUUUGAUUGUGUCAAAAACAAUAGCUUGUAUAUAUCAGACACAUAGAAAUGUUUUGAGUGGAAAUAAAUAUCCAGGUCCCAGCGAAGCUGUCAAGGGACUGAUGUUGAUUUUUCAAAAAUGUUUCGGAUUCCCUGCUAAUG